CCAUGGCUGGCGAGAGAGUGGAGAUGGAGAGCUCGCUGGGUUCGCAUCUCAAAACUGUCGACCAGCAGGAAGCCCAUGAAAGACAAGGCAGAAAGAAAUGGAUCACCCUCCCCUUUAUUGCAGGGAGCAUGCUGGGGCUGGGGUUGGCCAUCAACGGGACGAGCAGCAACCUGCUGGUGUACCUGCUCAAGGAGUACAACGUGGAGAGCAUCGACGCGGCGCAGAUCGCCAACAUCGUCCGCGGCUGCCUCGACCUAGCGCCCGUCGCCGGUGCCGUCGUCUCUGACUCCUACUUCGGCAGCUUCCCCGUCAUCCUCGCCGGCACAGCUAUAAAUGUCCUGGUGGGCAUCGUUCUGUUCACGCUCACCGCGGCGCUGCCAUCCCUGCGGCCGCCGCAUUGCGCCUCGCCUUCCGCCGCGUGCCAGCAUGGGACUCCUGGGCAGCUCACCGCGCUCUACGCCGCGGUGUGUCUGCUGACCAUCGGCACUGGUGGGACGCGGUUCAACGUGGCGACAUUGGGCGCGGACCAGUUCGGCACAGCUCGCGACCAGGACACCUUCUUCAACUGGUACUUCGUCUUCCUUUACGCCUCCUUCAUCGUCGGCGACACGGCCAUCGUCUACCUCCAGGAUGGAGUCUCCUGGGUCCUCGGCUUCAGCGUCUGCCUCGGCACUGCGGUGGCAAGCUUGGUCAUGCUAGUACUUGGUGCGCGCUACUACAAGAUGCCCGCGCCCAAGGGAAGCCCGUACACCGAGCUCGUGCGCGUCGUGGUGGCCGCGGUGCGCAAGGCCCGCGUCGAUAUUGCUGGACGAGUGCAAUAUUACCUUGGCGAUGGCACCGUCGUGGACUCUGGCAGUGACGGUGCCCCGACUAAGAGGCUCGGAUUUCUAAACCGUGCUGCAUUGAUCACGGCCAGAGAAGGCACGCCAGAUUCACCAGGUGGCGGCCAUCGUCCUAGCGGCUGGCGACUGUGCACGGUGCAGCAAGUCGAGGACCUCAAGUCCCUCCUCGGCGUGCUGCCGCUAUGGUCGUCGGGCAUCCUCAUCAGCGUGUCCAUCGGCGUGAUGGCCGGGCUGGUCAUCUUGCAGGCCCUUGCCAUGGACCGGUCCCUCGGCUCGAGGUUCAAGAUCCCAGCAGGAUCAAUCACAGUCUGCUCGCUCGCCGCCUUCAUCGCCGCCACGCCGGUCCUCGAACGCGCGGUGUUCCCGCUCUGGCGCAGAGCCACGGGCGCGCUCCCGACUCCGCUGCAGCGUGUCGGGCUGGGACACGUCGUCAACGUCGCAGGCAUGGUGGCCGCGGCGCUGGUGGAGCGCCGGCGGCUGAGCGUCGUGUGCACGCACCACGGCGCCGACGAGGCGCCCGGGUGGGUGACACCCAUGUCCGUGCUGUGGCUGAUCAUCCCGCUAGGCGUCGUGGGCGUCGGGGAGGCCCUGCAUUUCCCCGGGAACAUGGCGUUCUACUACCAGGAGUUCCCCAAGACGCUGCGGGGCACUGCAACGGCCAUGGCGCCGCUUCUUAUUGCGCUGGGGUUCUACCUCAGCACGAUGUUCGUGGACGUGGCGAGGCGAGUCACCGCGUGGCUGCCCGGGAACAUAAACCAGGGGAGGCUAGACAACGUGUACUGGGCCGUGGCAGUUACGGCGGCGGUUAACUUUGGGUAUUUCCUGGUCUGUGUUAGCUUGUACAAGAGUCGGAAGUGAUCGACCAGGGCGAUCAAGGAAAAUGAAGGCUUGGUGCAAGCUUCAUUUGCUUGGAGAAUUGUAUUACUUAGUUUGAUACUCUUUCAGACAACAGGCAGUAUGAUGAAUAAACUCUAGUUCCUUUUA